GUACAUGGUGCAUGAAGAUGAUGCUAUCACACCAUGCUUGAUUGAAGAUGAACAUGGAGGCCACAUGGAGCCUACCUCUUCCACAACACCCACUUCAAAUGAGUCGGACUACAAAGGUACCUAUAUGGGCGUUGAUGAUGCCAUGAUCCCACUAGUGGACAUGAUGCUUGAUGAGUGCAUGCAUGAGUUGGAUGAUCCUAUUGCUAUGUCAUAUGCUUCUUUCACUUUCCCUUGUGAUACUUGUGAUACCACCAUUGUUGAUCAUGUGGAAGUAGUUGCUUAUGAUAAUAUGUCCAUGCCAUGCUAUGAGAGUUUCACUUUCUCUCCUAUUGCUUGCAAUAUGUUGAACAAUUGCUCUUUCCCAUGUAUUGCUUGCAAUGAAAUUGAUGAUGCUAAUGCUUGUGUUGUGACAACCUUGAUGAACAAUUGCUCUUUCCCUAGGUUUGUCGACAACAAUGCUAAAAUGUUGAACAUGUUUUGUGCUAGAUGCUUGCAAUACUCUCCCAUUAAUGCAACCAAAAUGUUGAAUACUUGCUCUUUCCAAUGCUUGGUUUGCAAUGAUGUUAACAUGCUUGUAAAUGAGAUUGCUCCCAUAGCUCUCUCAAAUUUUGGAGACUUUGCAUAUAUCCAUGUUGAGCAUGUUCCCAUGUUUACUCCGCAUAUUCACCAUAUCUAUUAUGAUGCUUUGCUUAACGCUAAUGGUGAUGUGCAAAAGAGAUGGACCAUCAUGAUGGAUGAUGUGUUCAUAUACCAUGCACACACGUUCUUUGCUUUGCCUAUUGUGUGUGUAGGUACAAGAUUGCCAAUGUCAACCUCGAUUGAGCACGAGUUGACAAAAAGAGCUCUUGAGAGCAUAAUACAAGUGAGUACAAGAUCGAACCCGGCUCUAAUACCUUUCCCAUGCUUUGCAUUGAACAUGCCGAAAAAUUUCUCUUUCUCUUGGUUCUUUUGCAAGCAUGAUGAUGUGAUUUUUACCGUUGGUGUUGCCUCAAACAAGUUGAGCAAUUUCUCUUUCCUUUGGUUUGUUGGCACGCACGGUUGUGCAAAUUUCUACUUGGUGAACUUUUUGGAUGAUAUGUUGUGUGUUGCACCAAAUAUGAGGACCAAUUUCUCUUUCCAAUGGUUUGUGUGCACACAUGUUGAUGAUAUUUUGGACACUCUUCCGUAUGUGUUUGUGCCAAAUUCUCCUCUUGUUGCGUCAAGGAUGUUGAACAAUUUCUCUUUCCGAUGCCUUGAGUGCAACAAUGCACAUGAGUUUCUACAUGAGAUGGACAUCAUAGUCGUCUCACAUUUCGGAGUUUUUGUGUUCCCACACUUAGAAGAUGUUCAUAUGGAGUUCUUACACAUUGACCAUGCACAUGCAUUAUUCUUGAUAAAUUUGUGUUGUGCUAACGGUGUUGUGAACAUGAAUGGACAUGUCGUUGAUGAUAUGCUCCUCUAUCACGCACACAUAUACUUUGCUUGGUCUUUGUUGUGUGAAGGUACAUGUGACUUGUGGAUGAGCGUCAAUGAGUGGUUCCGCCCACAUACUUCGACGACCCAAGAUCUAUCGAUGAGAGCACACCGACAGUAUGCAAAGGUGACCUCCUUCUACUUGCGCUCUCUUGCUAAACCCGUGGAACAUUGGCUAUGCUUUGAGUGUUGUUUGGCUUUUCUUGUGCUAUUGAUAGGGCCCUUGACAAGUGAAGCGACAUUCAAGUGUUGGUGUCAUCUACCUCCUCUACACAUUCAUGAAGAUUUAUCGUCGAGGACGACUCUUUUUCAAGUGGGGGGAGAUGAUGUAGCCCGACCUUCGGUCUUCGCCACAUCAUAUGCUUCAUCGACAAGAUGGCACGCUAAGGUGAAUCUUCUCCUUUACGCGUGCCUCGAAUCGCCUACUUGGAACGAUAUACUACUUCAUACUCCGUCACAUCUUGAUGAUAGGAACUCGACGAAAAGUACGGAGGGAAGAGAGGACGCCACGGAGACCCGAGGACGCAAGGCCGAUGUCACGGAAGCUUGGAAGAGAAGGAGGAAGAGGAGCUAGAAGCUCCAGGGCCGGCACUGCCGCCCUACACAGGCCGGCACUGCCGCCCUCCCCACGCCGGCACUGCCGCCGAGGUCGUGACCACUUACAAUCUGAACCCUAGGUUGCCACAUGUAUGGCUGUGCUUGUAUCUUUGUUUCCCCAAAAUACCCCUCCUUAGUGGUUCCCUAUAAAUAGACCUCCACCCCCACCUUCAUGAGGGAGAGAUGAAGUUUAGAUGAAUUGGCUUAUGCCUCUACUAUCCCUUUGUGGAUUUGGGUAACCCCCACCUUAGGUUAAUUCCUAUUGUAUCACCCGGGCUCCUUAUCGACUCGUGAAGAUCUCUUUGGUGACUUCUACCGUUUGUUUGAUCUUUUGCUUGCA